CCACAUCAGAGUGUUUAGUUGUUUGUCUCAUCUCCAACCUAUUUGAAUAAAGCCAAAGCUCUGGGUAACAUUUUCAGAGAAAAAGACACACAAGAGGCUCCUCAGCCUUCUGAACACAGGGAGCCCACAUGAUGGUGCAACAAGGGCAAUCUCAAGGUAGAGUAAGGCCAGUAUGGUGGUCCCCCGUGAAGAUCUGGUCUGUUGCUGUGGUUUCCAUAACAUUCCUCAGUGCUUGUUUCAUCGUGAGUUGUGUGGCGACGUAUCAUAUUACAUAUACAAAAACUGUCAAAAGGCUGUCUGAAUUACAUACAUAUCAUCCAAGUCUAACCUGCUUCAAUGAAGGGACAAGGGUGACAGAAAAAGUCUGGGGAUGUUGCCCAAGUACUUGGAAAUCUUUUGGUUCCAGCUGCUACUUCAUUUCUAAAGAAGGUAAUUUUUGGUCUAAGAGUGAGCAGAACUGUGUUCGGAUGGGGGCUCAUUUGGUGGUACUCAACACAAAAGCAGAGCAGAAUUUCAUUGUUCAGCAGCUGAAUGAAUCACUUUCUUAUUUUCUGGGACUCUCAGAUCUACAAGGGAAUGGCAAUUGGCAAUGGAUUGAUCAGACACCUUACACGGAAAAUGUCAGAUCAUGGCACGAGGGUGAGCCCAGUUUUUCUGCAGAGGAAUGUGCUUCAGUAGUUUUCUGGAAUCCUAGAGGAUGGGGCUGGAAUGAUGUUUUCUGUGAUUCUAAAAGAAAUUCAAUAUGUGAGAUGAAUAAACUUUAUCUAUGAGUAGAACUUUA